AUGGAUGACCCGAAGCCGGAGGCCGACGGCGGCGCGGGCGGCACGCGCUACGUCAAGGUGCGCACCGUGGGCAAGGGCGCGUUCGGCACGGCGGUGCUGUACCGCAAGGAGCCGGAGGGCUCGCUGGUGGUCAUCAAGCAGGUCCCCGUGCUGGAGCUGUCGGCCGCGGAGCGCGUGCGCGCGCUCAACGAGGCCCGCGUGCUGGCACUUCUGUCGCACCGCAACGUGGUGCGCUACUUGGGGUCGUGGGAGCGCGACGGCUGCCUGCUGCUCGAGAUGGAGUUCGCGGGCGGCGGCACGCUCGCGCAGUUCCUGGCCAACCGCACCGCCCGCAACGCGCCGCUGUCCGAGCGACGCGCCCUCGCCCUCUUCGCGCAGGUGGCCUCCGCCAUCCGCCACAUGCACGCCCACAACGUGCUGCACCGGGACCUCAAGACCGAGAACAUCUUCCUGACCAAGGACAACGUCGUCAAAGUCGGCGACUUCGGCAUCUCCAAAGUGAUGGGCACCCAGGUCCAGGCCGAGACCGUGCUCGGCACGCCGUACUACCUCAGCCCCGAGAUGUGCGAGGGGCUGCAGUACGACCAGAAGUCCGACGUGUGGGCGCUGGGCUGCGUGCUGUACGAGCUGCUGGCGCUGCGCAGGGCCUUCUCGGCGCCCAGCCUGCCCGCCCUGGUGCGCCGCAUCGUGGCCGCCGACUACCCGCCGCCGCCCUCGAGGUACUCGUCGGCCACGCGGGGGCUGCUGAGCUCCCUGCUGCAGACCGAGCCCGGGGUGCGGCCCGCGGCCAACGUCAUCGAGGACCAGCUGCUGCCGCCGCUCCAGGCCGCCGCCAACCUGUCCUCGGACGCGGACUCGCUGGACGGGUCGCAGGGACCGUGUGCCAGGAGCGUGGUGCUGGAGCUGCGCGCGUCGGGCUGCCUCGUGUCACUCACGCCCGUGCCGCUGCCCGCCAGGGCGUCCAUCCGGGAGCUGGCUGUGAGCCGCACGCACUGCGUCGCGCUCACGCAGGAGCAAGUGGUGUUCACGUGGGACGUGGUGGACUGGCGGGCCGCGCCGACGGGGUGCUCCGACCUGAGCGCGGGGCUGGAGUCGUGGAGGAAGCCCCAGCACCAGCCGCAGUGCCUCGACUCGCUCACCGGCCUCGGCAUCACCCGGGUGGCGGCGGGCGACGGCUUCAGCGUGUUCGCGUCGGACUCUGGCGCGGUGCUGACCUGCGGCGACGGCGCCGAGGGCUGCCUCGGCCACGGCGACUACUCACACUGCGUCCGGCCGCGCCUCGUGGAAAAGCUGCUGGCGGCCGACGUGGUGGCGCUCGCCGCGGGGCCAGCGCACGUCCUGGCGCUGGGCGGCGACGGCUGCCUGCACGCGUGGGGCCGCGGCCAGCACGGCCGCCUGGGCCUCGGCCACCAGCAGGACGCGCUGCUGCCCACGGCGGUGCCGCUGCCCCAGGGCGUGGUGGUGCGCUCCGUGCACGCGGGGCCGGACUGCUCCGCCGUCGUGUCCACCGCCGGGGAGCUGUUGCUGGCCGGGGACAACUCGAGCGGCAAGCUCACCCCCUGGCCGCACAAGGGGCUGCGCACCAACCUGCCGGUACCGUCACACGAGUUUGUUACGCCCUCGCGAUGGUUUCAAGAACUCGGUCCGCUUCUCCUGCUCCAGAGCUGGCUCGGCGGCGCGGGCCGCGGGCCGUGGCUCCGGUUCCGCGCGGUGGGACUGCGUGACAAGGAGCCGGUGCGCGACGUGCACCUGUCGCAGCGCCACAGCGUCGUGGUCACGGAGGCCGGCAGGCUGGUCAUUCUGGGGGACGCCGUGCGCCACGCCAUCCCCGCCGAGAACACCUUCGCCAUGGCGAGCGCCGGUCCCAGUUACACUGUGGCGGCCUCCCAGGACAACGUAGUGUACUUCUGGGGCCGCUGGGCGGACGGCAAGCAGGUGGGCGCUGGCCAGGCCAGCCAGGACGACGACGCCGUGCCGCCCAGGGAGCUGCUGGCGUGA